AUGGGCCUCGGCUCGUUCGGUGGCGGGGUCGGCUUGACUCGCUAUCUCGCCGAGCAGGAUGCCUCGGUCACCGUGACUGAUUUGAAAGACGCCACCGCCUUGCAGGACGCUCUGGAGGCGCUGCAGGACCUGCCCAUCCGCUUCGUGCUGGGGGAGCACCGCGACGGCGAUUUCGUCGACACCGACCGCGUAUUCGUCAACCCCGCCGUGCCGCUCACCUCGCCGUUUUUGCAACUGGCACGGUUGCGCGGGGUGCCGCUGGACAGCGAGUUGAACCUUUUCGUGCGCCAGUGCGCCGGGCGCAUCAUCGGCAUCACCGGCAGUGUCGGCAAAACCACCACCACGUCGCUGCUGGGCAACAUCCUGCAAGCCCACGACGCCCGCACCCUCGUUGGCGGCAACAUCGGCGGCUCGCUGCUGUCCCGCCUGCCCGACAUCGAGCCCGACACCCCGGUGGUGUUGGAAAUAUCCAGCUUCCAACUGGAGCACCUCGACUGGCUCGGCUACAGCCCGCCCCUGGCCGUAGUGCUCAAUCUGGCUCCGAAUCAUCUCGACCGGCACGGCACUAUGGCGGCUUACCAAGCGGCCAAGGAGGUCAUCCUGGCCCACCAGACGCCGGACGACGUGGCCGUCCUCAACUGGGAUGACCUAACAGUUCGGGACAUGGCGGCACGCGGCCGCGGUCGCCGCUUGUUCUACAGCGUCCAGGAGCCUCUGGAAGCCGGUGUCUACCGUGACGGCAGCGCCUUGGUGCUGGCCUCGGAGGGCGAGCGCCGCGUGCUUUGUCACGACUCCGACCUGCGUUUGCGCGGCCUGCACAACCUCGGCAACGCCGCCGCUGCCGCCGCUGCCGCCACCACUCUGGGCGUACCGCCAGGCACCAUUGCCCGCGGCCUGCAAGCCUUCACCGGCCUGCCGCACCGGCUGGAAUGGAUCGCCGACAAGGCGGCGCGCCUAUACAACAAAGCGACUCAAGGCCACACGCCG